AUGGUGAAGAUUUGCUGUAUUGGAGCUGGCUAUGUUGGUGGUCCAACAAUGGCUGUGAUUGCUCUGAAGUGUCCUGAGGUUGAGGUAGCUGUGGUGGACAUUGCGGCACCGAGAAUCAAUGCUUGGAACAGUGAGCAUCUACCUAUAUAUGAGCCUGGUCUUGAUGAUGUGGUGAAGGAGUGCAGAGGAAGGAACCUUUUCUUCAGCACUGAUGUUGAGAAGCAUGUUGCUGAGGCCGAUAUCGUCUUUGUAUCGGUGAAUACUCCUACGAAGACUCAAGGUCUUGGAGCUGGCAAGGCAGCUGAUCUUACUUACUGGGAGAGUGCUGCUAGGAUGAUUGCUGAUGUAUCCAAAUCUGAUAAAAUUGUUGUUGAAAAAUCGACUGUUCCGGUUAAAACAGCUGAGGCGAUUGAGAGGAUUUUGACUCACAAUAGGAAGGGUAUUAAUUUCACAAUUUUGUCUAACCCUGAGUUUCUUGCAGAGGGUACAGCUAUCAAAGAUUUGUUUAAUCCGGAUCGUGUGCUUAUCGGAGGUAGGGAAACUCCUGAAGGUCAAAAGGCUAUCCAUACUUUGAGAGAUGUUUAUGCUCAUUGGGUUCCCUUGGAUCGAAUCAUUUGCACCAAUUUGUGGUCUGCUGAACUCUCAAAGCUUGCCGCCAAUGCUUUCUUGGCACAGAGAAUCUCUUCUGUGAACGCUAUGUCUGCUCUAUGCGAGGCAACCGGUGCUGAUGUUGCUCAGGUUUCUCACGCGAUCGGCACUGAUUCGAGAAUUGGACCAAAGUUCUUGAAUGCUAGUGUUGGUUUUGGUGGAUCAUGCUUUCAAAAGGAUAUUCUGAACUUGGUCUAUAUCUGCGAGUGCAACGGCCUUCCUGAGGUUGCUAACUACUGGAAACAGGUCAUUAAGGUGAAUGACUACCAGAAAGCUCGAUUCGUGAACCGAGUCGUUUCUUCCAUGUUCAACACUGUGUCAGGAAAAAAGAUUGCUGUUUUGGGAUUUGCUUUCAAGAAGGACACUGGUGACACUAGGGAGACUCCUGCGAUUGAUGUGUGCAAGGGUUUAUUGGGAGACAAGGCUAAGUUGAGCAUAUAUGAUCCUCAAGUUUCUGAAGAGCAAAUCUUGAAGGAUUUAGCAAUGAAGAAAUUUGAUUGGGAUCACCCUGCUCAUCUUCAACCCACAAGCCCAACAACUUCCAACAAACAAGUUUCUGUUGUUUGGGAUGCGUACGAGGCGUUAAAGGACGCACAUGGUAUUUGCAUUAUGACUGAGUGGGACGAGUUCAAGAACCUUGAUUACAAAAGAGUUUUUGACAACAUGCAGAAGCCUGCAUUUCUUUUUGAUGGAAGGAAUGUUGUUGAUGUUAAAAAGCUGAGGGAAAUUGGUUUCAUUGUUUUCUCCAUUGGAAAACCACUAGAUGCUUGGCUCAAGGAUAUGCCUGCAGUGGCUUAA